AUGAAUGAAUAUCAUAUCAUAGAAAAGAUGGCUGUGGGUAGUUUCGGUGUUGUAUUCAAAGUUCGUAGAGCGAUUGACGAUGGAGUAUUCGUCAUGAAGCGGAUUAACCUCGCUGAGUUUCAGGACCAACAGCGGCUGGACGCUGUGCGUGAGAUAGAGGUUAUGAGUCUUCUAAACCAUCCCUUCAUCGUGGCCCAGCGGGACGCUUUCCUUUUCAAUAAGGAGAACCUUUGCAUAGUAAUGGACUACUACGACGGUGGGGACCUCGACCGCCUCGUAGCACAACAGCGGGAGAAAGAUGAGUAUUUGCCCCUUGAAAGCGUCAUGAAAUGGUUCGCUAGCGUGUGUUUCGCCAUGCAAUACCUUCAUGCGCAGGGCAUUGUGCAUCGUGACCUGAAAACAAGUAACAUAUUCCUCGAUCUUCAAUCACAGGAGGUGGCUGUUGGGGACUUCGGAGUAGCGGAGGUGAUGCGCACGCCAGCAACAGACAAACUAGCAUGGAAAGUAGGAGAACAUCGUGGUGGAAAAGUGAGUGGGCAGAAUGCCUGGGAGGAAGAGCAAAAGUCUAGCGAGGACGGCGGUUGUACGGUGCGUUCAUCACCAACCACUAGAGCUUCGCCAGGACUGGAAGGAAACGUAAGUUUAGGAGAGGAUGGACUCGGAGUUUUCAACGGCGCGAUGCGUGGCACACCGCUAUACAUGUCGCCGGAGAACUUAGAAAGAGGUGUGUGCAGCCCCAGUUCCGAUGUAUGGUCCCUUGGCUGCAUUUUGUACGAGCUACUGAGUCUCCGUCAUCCCUUCGAAUCACGUGACAUCACAACACUUAUGAUGCGUGUGAUUACCGGUGCUCGGCAGCCCCUUCCGUCACACUACCCGCCGGAGGUUGCUGAGCUCGUGGACCGCAUGCUCGCCCUUGACCCGCAACAGCGGCCAAGUUGUGAUGAUAUACUCCGCUGUCCCAUCAUGAGUGGUGCCGUUCACGCUGUGGUGUCCCAGCACGUAUCGCACGACACACCGGACUCCGUUGGAGAGCAUAUUUUUCUGGCACAGCAACGGGAGUUGGGUGUCGUAGACAAUACGGGGAAGCUUUCAUUUGUAUCUCUACCACGUGAGGGGCAUCCGGCGCUCCCGCCCUCGCAGGAGCGAGUGCAGGCCGAGGCGCGUGCAACUGCCAGCCUUGGCCGCCUCACGCCGCCAAGAUUUUUUCCUGCCACACCAACGGCGACGUGUGAGUCAACUGCAGCGAUGCCCCCACGUGCAUUUUCGUGUAACGGCGGGAGCAACGUAUCGUUUGGGAUGGACUUUGAACGUGCAGACGAGGGACGCCGGGGUGCGAGAAGUGUCAGUAACGUGGAGGACAUGCGACAUAAGCCAAUAGCUCAAAUUGAGGAAGAAGUUGCGUGGUAUCGUCAACUAGUGCAAAAUGAGAUGCGUGCCUUGAAACAGCGGCGUGACGCCGCCGUACAGAGACGCCGCCUGGGCACAAAUGGUAGUACACUUAACGGAGGCAGUGUGAAUGAAAACAAGCAUCACACAGAGGGUGAUGGCCGCACUAGCUCAUGGUUGCCGGCUCUCCCGACACAACACACGGUGGAAAGGCGGUCGCCGCGGCAGCUCUCUCAAAUGCAUUCAAAGUACCCAAGCCCGCGACACAGCGAAGCAAAUAAUUGUAACCUCAAUAGGACACCAAGUGUUGGUGGAGGCGAAGACACAUCAUCAGCCCGCCCACCGGGUGGUCUUGAGGCUUCGCUGUUGGCUCGACGGCAGCUCCGGUGGGACGUGGCCGUGAAGGCACUCGGACUCGAGGUAACGCACAACGUCUACAAUUAUUACAGGUGCGUGGAUGUGGCGGAACGUGAUGCGGUGCUGGUGAUGCAGAUGGUGCCUGAUCGCGCUCAGUGGCACGUGCUUCCGGACGUGGAGGAGGUCGUUGUAAUUGACCGCCUUCUCGAGGGAACUGCCGUGGCGGGACCAGCAUGA